AUGGCUAACAGCUACUCAGAGGCGGAAGGCUGGAAGUACUCGCAGGCUCAUAACACCAUCCUGGGCCCGUUUCUCGAGCUGCUGACUGAGGACAACCUGUUCUACCUGGCGAGGCAGAUCCAGAAUGUGUCUGUGCAGAAGCGCUGCCAGGCCUAUGAGCUCGAGCUAGCAUGCCUCACCAAGGAGCACCGCGCCAUCUUGCCCAACCCAUUGUCAACAUCACCGUCAACACAGAAUUCCUCCCGCAGAUGGACAUCUAGCUCUUCCUGUGUGGUGUUGUCGUGUCUCCGGCAUUGUCAAGAGCAUGUACCAACUCCUGACCAGUCUGACAAGCCGAGACGAGGAAGUGGUGAUGGAGGUGUUGGGAGAUGGGGAGGGAGAAACAGUGGGGGCGGGGAUUGAGAGGGGCGUGUGUAGGCUUCAGCAUGUGGAGAUGGUGUCAGAGUUCAGCCAACCUUGGAAAACCAGAGCUACAGUAAAGGGCGGAGGGAGAGGGUGGAGAGGGAGAUCCAGCAGUCUUGGAUGUUGGUGAGGAGUUUGAGGUCCAACUUUGAAGGUCAAAUAGGGUGGAUUUACCUGUUUGGAGGGUUUGUGAAUGACUCUCAUCGACCGGUCUCAAGGAGCCAGACUACGAGAGGGAGGGUGGAAGCUGCUGAGGUAGCUGUUCCAAUCGCUAACACCGCUCUAGGUUGUGAACUUGAACUAGCCCACCAUGACACCCCUACCCCCAUCCGGGUCAUGGAGACGACCAGUCUGAGAAAAGAGUGCAUCGUUGUUCUGUUCCUCAGCCCCUGGAAGAAGUCGGUGUAUGCCAUCUCCAUGAGAGCCAGGGUGAGACAGGAGGCGGUCGAAAGAGGCCGAGGUCGACACAAUGAGGAACUCGACAAAAUCAGGGAUACAACAUUGGACAACAACAAUGCAAUCAGGGAUACAACAUUGGACGACAACGACACAACUGGGGACGCCACACCGGACCAGCUCUCUCUUCCACUUCUACCACAAAAAAACUGA